AUGCACUUCCUCGCUACCAUCGCAUCCAUUUUCUUCGCCGUGUCAUGCGUCGUCGCCCAGGCGCCUCUCGGUGACUGGACUGGUGUGCUGUCCGUCACCGGAGCUGCCGUGUUCUUGGACGCCACGGUACAAGACCUCACCCCAACGUUCCCAAGAGCCGAUGUGGUUCUUGAGUGGUCCGUCGACGAUUGGAAGACUAGCGUAAACGUUGCUGGAACUCCUGUGCAAGCUUCCAAGACAUGGAAGUGGCAUGCGCCCAUCACCACUCUUGACAAGCCCUUGCCUCAAACCGUCAAAUUCUUCAUCCGCUACAACAACAUCUACAACAUCGGCAACAAGCCCGAUGGCUCUUUGAUCCUUCGCAUUGCCCCCGCCGCCUCUUGCGGUGACAUCUUCAGCACGGGAAUCGUCACCAUCGGCUGCACCUUCAACACCGAUUUGCCUUUGACCAAUGCCCGCGGACGGGUCGACCAAGGUCCUACAUCUCCAUCCGGUGUGUAUCCUGGCCCAGAAUACCGCUUGAACACAUCCACUCUCGCAAACGGCCAGCACACGUUCACCGUCCAGGCCGAUCUCGGGAGCAAGAAGCCCUUCGUCACCAAAUCCGUGCCUUUCACCGUCGCUAACCGUGUGCGCAGUCUCGGCACCUGGAAGCCAAUGCCCCCGCCGCAAGCACAGGCUAUCGCUUCCAUGGCCGUCGGCAAGGACGGAAAGCUGUACGUUGGAUGGGACAACACCAAGAUCACCCGCUACGCCUCUUUCGGUGCUGCCGCGUACGAUGUUGUCUACGACUUUGGUGCGCAAUACCGACCCGUCGAAGUCCGCGCCGAUGAGACCGGGAAUGUUUUUGCCGUGCACGGCACCACCAUCUACAAGUGGCUUGCCAACGGAACACCCGAUGCCGCCUUUGCCAACAAGGGUCAGCUGGAUCUGACCAAGGGCCCCUACCCACUCCCGUUCUUCCAGCAACCUAUUGAUCUGUAUGUGGAGGCCGGUUUUGUGUACGUUGCCGGACCUGAUGGAAACCUUCUCCGCUUCAACGCCAAGACGGGCGCCUUCGGCGCGGCGCUCAAGUUCACCAGAUCAUCGCCAUCCUCCUUCUCCUCCCUUCGAGGCACCCUCUACGGUCUCGGUGGCAACAUCCUCUACACCAUCGACGAGACCACCUUCAAGGUUGUUUCGCAAAAGACCAUCGCUAUGCAAAACCAGCCGCAGGGCAUCAGCGUCGCUGCGACACGUCUGUACGUUUUUGAUUAUACUCAGACGGCGUACUACACUGCAGGCGCCGUCAGCAUCUACGACAUCAAGAGCGGCGCCAAGCUGACGGACUAUCACGUUGGCGCUACUGGCAGCACCUCGGUCGUCACGUUGGCUGACAAGACGGUCCUUGCUGCCGACACCACUAGCAUCUUUAAGCUUACGCAGAACCUGUUCUGA